CAACGCUAGGUGGCGGCAGAGAGCAGCGCCUUGGAUUUCCUUGCAUUUCCUGCAAUGGCUGCUCCUUUUUGGGGGAAACUUUGGAGGGCCAAAGGGUCGCCCCCAUUUCUCUGGAUCCGCCGGGGAGCUUCAGGAAACGGUAGCCGAGGCCCUGAUGUCCCCGGAGAGGCACAACAUCCAGCGUCUGCCACUGAAGGAGGGCAGAAACUCACCCGCAUGUGGCAAAAAGAGGGCAUCAGGAACAUUGUCUUAAAUCAUCCCCAGAAAAGAAAUGCUCUCUCGCUGUCCAUGCUGAGGUCUCUCCGUGAGGACAUUCUGCAUGAUAUUGAAAAUACGGAUCUGCGAGUCAUCAUCAUUGCAGGUGAAGGGCCUGUUUUUUCCUCUGGGCAUGACUUAAAGGAACUGAGUCACAAGACAGGUGAGAAGCAUCACAUGGAAGUCUUUAAGACCUGUGCUGAGAUCAUGACUCUCCUUCCAAAGCUUCCUGUGCCAGUGAUUGCCAAGGUGAAUGGCCUUGCCACUGCUGCUGGUUGCCAACUUGUGGCCAGCUGUGAUAUUGCUGUGGCCAGUGAGAAAUCAAAGUUUGCCACCCCGGGAGUGAACGUUGGGCUGUUUUGCUCGACUCCUGCAGUUGCUGUGGGGAGAUCGCUUCCAAGAAAGGUUGCCUUGGAGAUGCUGUUUACCGGGGAACCCAUGACGGCCCAGGAGGCACUUCUUCAUGGACUCAUCAGCCGAGUGGUACCUGAGGACAGGUUGGAGGAGGAGACACUGAGAAUCGCCCACAAGAUACGCGAGAGCAGCCGGGCCGUCGUGGCCCUGGGAAAAGCCACUUUUUACAAGCAGAUUGAGCAGGACAUUGGCACGGCCUACAGGGUGACCUCGCAGGUCAUGGUGGACAAUCUGGCCAUGACGGAUGGCCAGGAAGGGAUUGAGGCCUUCAUCUCAAAACGCAAGCCAAGCUGGUCGCAUUCCUGAAAUGAAGCUUGCCACCGUUUGCCUUUAUAAGCCAUUCCAAAUGAUGGUCUUGAGGUCUCUGAAAUUGAUUGCUUCUCAGAUUGAAAAUUGUGAAGGCUCUUUCUUUGCAGCAAUUCUUCUUUCCUAUGCUUCAAAAGAGUGCUCCUCUUUUACCUUCACAAAGUAAAGGCGUUGGCAGGGUGAAAACCGGAAAUGUCUCCUGGUUCGGUAAAAGAGGGUAUUUCCAGUAACUAUUGUUUGUUAUCUACUUGUAUGACAUGCAGCGAGGACUGAAAUUCCCUCUUCUUCACAACCAUUACAACAGGCAUGGGCAAACUUCAACCUUCAAGGUGUUUUGGACUGUUAGGUUGUUAGGCUGUUAGGAAUUGUGGGAGUUGAAGUCCAAAACACCUGGAGAAUCAAAGUUUGCCCAUGCCUGCAUUUGAGAGACAGGAGCCUCAAUUUCGUGCCUUUAAAAUAUUUGCCUUUCUUUUCUUUCAGAGUUAAAAAUGUGAAUGAUAUCUGUUGAUAGUUUGGUGAUUUUCUAAAAAUAUAAAAAUCUCUUAAAAGGUUUUAUCUGUUUCCCCCCGUAACCUGGAUUAAAGCUCAAGCAGGCAUAUGCCCUUAAUUAAUGUUUUAAGAUGAAAUGUUACAUGUUACAUUGUGAGGGUGAAUCAGAUAUUUUUGGUUUGCCUUCAGGAAAUUUUAAGUUGAUAUGCCCAUUUUACUUCCCUGGCUCUUUGCCCAAGUUCCAUAUAUCUGGGGUGUGGGGUGUUAAGUGGUCUGCAGUUUCCUAGCUUUCAGCUAUUACUCUGGGAGUGGCCAUCAGCAUGAACAUUAUUCCUUGCUGCUAUCUGUGCAUUUUUGUUUUUCCCAAAUAAUUAAGAAUCCCCAUGCUGAUAUGGCAUGUAUACCAUGAUUCUAUGAAUCUGUUCUAGGUUUGAGUUCAGAGUUUAAAUGAGCUCUCCAUGGUGCUUAAACCCAUUGCCCGAUUGAAUUCAGUACCUUGGAUAGCUCCUUUAGCCUUCACGUGAAGAAUCAUCAACCACCAUUGCCUACGUUAGUUAAUUCGCUUUGAGAAUUGUGGCAUGAAUUGCCAAGUGUGGAGGCUUGAUCUAUAAAGUUAGCAUUGCUACUUAGGGUUUCAAUCACAUGAUAUAGUCUCCUCUAUGUUGCUUGAGUUGUAUCUCUGACUUGCAUCUGAUUCAUCACUGUGUCAUGUUUGACCGACAUCCUGUUGGGAGUUUAUAUCAUUGUAAAGGCAAUUACAGUCAGAUGAAAUGGAAUUGCACCAUUGUCAUAUGGUCAGGAGCUACGCCAUUGGGGCCAUUGUGCAAGCAGAGUCAGCAAUGUGCCAAUUACACACAAUGUGUCUCAAUGCACGGAGGCAUUGUCUCAAUGCAUGGAGGGCCCAUUAUGCAACAGAACAUCUUGCACAGUGCCCUGUUGUGCAUAGUUGUGAUUCACUCGCAUGGUUGUAUAACACGUCAGCCAUGUACCUCCAUCAUCAUAAAAUUAUGUGUAAGAUAGGAUCUCAUCCUAUAUUUCUUAUUUUUUCAUAUAUAUUCUGCCUAUGCCUCAGCUCUGCAUCUUAAAAGAAAUUAAAAGACUCAUGUACACAAAAGUCUGCAUCCCUAUAGACACAAGACAGUUAAAUGAAGGUUGGCUACUAGUAGGACAAAUAAAUAAUUGUAUCUACCCUAGGAUUAUUGGCUAACAAUGGCAUACAACUGCCUAAAUAAAUACAUAAAGACUUG